AACAUUAACCUCCUCUCUCUCUCUCUCUCUCUCUCUCUCUCAAACAUUAAUCCACUGUUUUCGAAUCCUCUUAUAGUUUUUGACUACUGCAUACAAAACCCAUAUUUUCAAAUUUUUCAUUCAAGUCCUCGAACACGCUCUCUCUGAAAUUUCUUCUCUUUCCGUGUCUCCAUAAUCAAAACUAAAUCUUGUUCCUUCGCUUUAUGUAACCCGAUCAAACUCCAACAUUAUCCAUUUGUUUUGUUACGAAGGAUCUGUUCUUAUUUUUUACUGUUGUGAGAACGAGAUGAAGCGGAUACGGGAUGAUCCUUUUGGUGGGGGUGCACAAUUUAAGCGACCCUUUGCUGCUUCUCAUGGGGAAUCCUAUGUGCAAUCACAACCGCCUGGGGCCGGAGGGGUUGGUGGCGGCGGCAGUGGUGGUGGUGGCAGUGGAGUAGGAGGGGGAGGAGUGGUAGGAGUAGGAGGAGCAGCAGUGACUCUGGGAGUUGGAGCGUCACCAAAACUAACAACAAAUGAUGCCUUGACCUAUCUCAAGGAGGUUAAGGAUAUGUUUCAAGACCAAAGGGAAAAAUAUGAUCUGUUCCUAGAAGUCAUGAAAGAUUUCAAGGCUCAGAGAACCGACACUGCUGGUGUCAUUGCAAGGGUGAAGGAUUUAUUUAAAGGACACAACAACUUAAUUUUUGGAUUUAACACAUUCUUGCCAAAAGGAUAUGAAAUAACCCUUGAUGAGGAUGAUGCUCCACCAAAGAAAACUGUUGAAUUUGAAGAAGCAAUCAGUUUUGUAAACAAGAUAAAGAAACGUUUCCAAAAUGAUGAACAUGUCUAUAAAUCAUUCUUGGAAAUUCUGAAUAUGUAUAGGAAAGAGCACAAAGAUAUAAAUGAGGUCUAUAGUGAGGUUGCUGCUCUUUUUGAGGACCACACAGAUCUACUUGAGGAAUUUACCAGAUUUUUACCUGAUACUUCGGCACCAUCUUUAACUCACCAGGUACCGUAUGCUCGAAAUUCAGCACAGCGUGGCAAUGAGAGAAACUCUGCCAUUCCAGCGUUGCGGCAAAUGCAUGUGGACAAGCAACGUCGUCGAGAUAAAAUUAUAACUUCUCAUGAUCGUGAUCUUAGUGUUGAUCGUCCUGAGAUGGAGGAUGAUAAAGUGGUGAUGAAAUUGCAGAAGGAGCAGAGGAAGCGUGCAGAAAAAGAAAAUAAUAGGAGAAAUCGUGAUCAAGAUGAUAGAGAAAUAGAGCACGAUAACAAUAGGGACUUCAACUCGCUAGUUUUUCCUGACAAAAAGAAGCCUUCCAGAAAAGUUGAAGGUUUUGGAGCGAAUACUAACUUUGCUUCUUUUGAUGACAAAGAUACCUUAAAGAGCAUUUAUAAUCAAGGAUUCAUUUUCUGCGAUAAAGUUAAGGAGAAGUUGUGUUCAGAUGAUUACCAAGCAUUCUUAAAGUGUCUCCAUAUUUUUAACAAUGGAAUUAUCAAAAGGAAUGAUCUACAAAAUUUGGUUACUGAUUUACUUGGGAAGUAUCCGGAUCUCAUGGCCGAGUUUAAUCAUUUCUUUGAGCGUUGUGAGAAUAUUGAUGGAUUCCUUGCUGGCGUGAUGAGUAAAAAAUCACUGUCUAGUGAUGGGCAUGUAUCUAGAGCUUUGAAGGUAGAGGACAAAGAAAGAGAACAGAAACGUGAAAUUGAAGCAGCUAAAGAAAAUAGAUGCAGGGAAAAGUAUUAUGCAAAAUCAAUUCAGGAGCUUGACCUUUCGAACUGUCAACGUUGUACACCCAGCUAUCGGCUACUACCAGAUGAUUAUCCAAUACCUUCUGCUAGCCAGAGAUCUGAGCUUGGUGCUCAGGUUUUGAAUGAUCACUGGGUCUCUGUGACUUCAGGAAGUGAAGAUUACUCUUUUAAACAUAUGCGGAGAAACCAAUACGAAGAAAGCUUGUUCAGAUGUGAAGACGACAGAUUUGAGCUGGACAUGCUCUUAGAGUCUGUGAGCUCAACUGCUAAGCGUGCAGAAGAAUUGUUGACUCUCAUCAAUGAAAAUGAAAUUAAUCUGGAGGCCCCCUUCCAUAUAAAGGAUUACUUCAAUGCUAUAAAUUUAAGGUGCAUUGAGCGCUUGUAUGGUGAUCAUGGCCUUGAUGUGAUGGACAUAUUGCGCAAAAAUCCUGCGCUUGCACUACCAGUAAUCUUAACUCGUCUGAAGCAGAAACAAGAUGAAUGGACUCGGUGUCGUUCAGAUUUUAACAAGGUUUGGGCUGAAAUAUAUGCUAAAAACCAUUACAAAUCACUUGAUCAUCGCAGUUUCUACUUCAAGCAACAAGAUUCAAAGAACUUGAGCACAAAAUCUUUGGUGGCUGAAAUUAAGGAAUUGAAAGAGAAUAAGCUGGCAGAAGACAAUGUUCUUUUUGCUAUUGCUGCUGGUCACCGGCAACCUGUAAUGCCACACCUUGAAUUUGGAUACUCUGACCUCAGCAUUCAUGAAGAUUUGUAUAAACUUAUUAAAUAUUCAUGUGAAGAGAUGUGCUCGACCAAGGAACAGGUGAAUAAAGCUAUGAGGCUUUGGACUACCUUCUUGGAACCAGUGCUUGGUGUUCCAUCUCGACCUAAUGGUGUGGAUGGUGCUGAUGGUGUUGGAAAAGGUAGGCAUGCUACAAAUAACAGUGCAUCAAGCAUAGUGGAAAGUGAUGGAAGUCCUGUGCCUGAUAGUAGUCCUGGCCCUGAUGGUACUGUAGUGAAUUCUAGGCAACCAAGAUCUUCUGGCAAUGUUGAUGGAGAUAAACACUCUCUGGCGGAGCUAAAUAAUUUAAGCAGGAGUAUUCUGGCUAAUGGGAACACUUUUGCCAAAGAAAGUUGUUUAGACUUGGAUUUUGUGUCCAGAGAGGAUCUGACCUCUAGUUCUCUUCAACAGGAGAAAGAGCGCAAGGAUGUAGAAAUUACAGAUAAAAGGUCUGGAUUUAGCAUGCAGCUUACUUCUGGUGAACGAGCAGCAAAUUCCAAUGCAUCACAUGCAAUUGGUGCUGAAAAUCUUCAUGGAAGAACAGGCGUUGAAGUGACUUCAGGCUGUGGUGUAACUCAUUUGGGACAUAGUGAUAAUACUAGUGACGAUCAUAAAGCCAACUCUACUGUUGAUGCAGUUCCUCCAUCAGAGGGUGUUGAUCUUGCAAAACCAGCUUUAAUGGAGAAUGGAAUAUUUAAAGAUGGUGCUAAAGUUAGUAAAUUUUGUGAAGAAUCUGUUGGGCCUUCCAAAAUUGAAAGAGAAGAGGGCGAAUUAUCACCAAACGGUGAUUUUGAGGAUAAUUUUGGUCUCUAUGGACAUGCUGGUGUGAAGGCUAUGCCUAAGGCAAAACAAGGUGUUGAAAGCAGGCAGUAUAAGGCUGGAAACGAAGAAGGAUUGCGUUCUCAGAAUGCUGGAGGAGAAAAUGAUGCAGAUGCUGAUGAUGAGGACAGUGAAAAUGCUUCUGAGGCUGGUGAUGAAGCUUCAGGUAGUGAGUCUGCAGGAGAUGAGUGCUCCAGGGAAGAGCAUGAAGAGGAGGAAGAUGCAGAACGUGAUGAAGCUGAUGGCAAGGCAGAGAGUGAAGGUGAAGCAGAUGGGUUGGCUGAUCAGCAUUUUGUGGGAGGAGACAGCAUGCCAUUGCCAUUAUCAGAACGUUUUCUAUUGUCAGUUAAGCCUCUUGCGAAGUAUGUUCCAGCAACAUCACUUGAUGAAGACAGGAAAGGUUGUCAAGUAUUUUAUGGAAAUGAUGAUUUUUAUGUGCUUUUCAGGCUGCAUCAAACUCUAUAUGAAAGAAUUCAAUCAGCAAAAACAAACUCAACAACUGCUGAAUUGAAAUGGAGGGCUAAGGAUGCUAGUUGCCCUGAUCUCUAUGCUAGAUUCAUGGCUGCCCUGUACAAUUUGCUUGAUGGAUCUGCUGAUAAUGCAAAGUUUGAGGAUGAAUGUCGAGCUAUUAUUGGAAAUCAAUCAUAUGUGUUAUUUACCUUGGACAAGUUACUAUAUAGAUUGUGUAAACAGCUUCAAACUGUUGCAGCUGAUGAGAUGGAUAAUAAGCUUCUUCAACUGUAUGAGUAUGAAAGAUCCCGAAAACCUGGGAAGCUAAUUGAUUCAGUUUAUCACGAAAAUGCCCGUGUCCUUCUGCACGAGGAGAACAUAUACCGAAUGAAAUUUUCAUCUUCCCCGCCGUGUUUGUCUAUCCAGCUGAUGGACAAUGUGAUUGAAAAGCCAGAGGCAUUUGCUGUGUCCCUGGAUCCUAAUUUUGCAUCUUAUCUGCUUAAUGAUUUCUUGUCUGCCUUUCCUGGCAAGAAAGAGCCACAUGGCAUUGCACUCCAUAGAAACAAGCGUAAAUAUGCAAGCCUAGAUGAAUCUUCUGCGACAUGCAUGGCUAUGGAAGAUGUUCAAUUGGUUAAUGGUCUGGAGUGCAGGAUAGCUUGCAACUCUUACAAGAUCACAUAUGUUCUGGACACAGAAGAUUUCUUCUAUCGGAAGAAAAGAAGAAGUUCAUCACGAACCAGAUCUUCAUAUCAAAAUCAGGCAAGAACAGAAAAGUUUCACAGAUUUUUGGCUACCUCAUAAAUUUAGGUAUCCUCGCCCCUGGACUGUUACACUCAGAAGUCGUUGAGGCAGUCAGCCUAGAAGGAGGCACAAUGAAGUGGCGCAUCCUUCAUGUAUCAUCGUAUAAAAAGGGUGGUUCAGGAAUGUAGUAUACUUUUUUAGGGUUAUAAUAUAAUCAGCAUUGGAGCCAUUUCCGUCUGUAAAUAGGACUGUACGAGUAUGAUGAUGAUAAUGACAUUUUUGUAAAGAUAUGUUUGAUUGCUUUUUUCCUUCAUAGAUGAUGAUAAUUCCUUUCUGCA